AUGUCGGCCACCGCGCGGACGGCCACCUUGCGGUCUCAAGUACCGAGUUUGAGAACAGCUGCUUCUCAACGGUCAUCCAUCCAGGCUUACUCCUCAUCGACAUCGCCUACAGCCAGAAUCUCCCUUUCCUCCAAUACCGAACGCGCAACCCGUCCUGUCUCCCAAAUCCUUUCCCCGUACGCUGCUCUUCCACUCACGCGAUCCUUCCAUGUCAGCACUUCUCGCUGGCAACAACAAGAACAGAAGAAGGAGAAAGAACCCGAGGAAUCCAAGGAAUCUAAGGAAUCUAAGGAGGAAAAGGAUGAAGGCAAGUCUGAGGAGGAAAAGAAGAAUGCGCCUCCUCCCCCUCCUCACGGAGACAAGACUCCCUGGCAGGUCUUCAGAGAGACUCUGCAGUCAGAGUUCAAGGCCUCCAAGGAGUGGAACGAGUCCACCAAGGCUCUUGCAUCUUCAGCACAUCAGUUCACAGAGAAUGAGAACAUUAAGAAGGCUCGUGCCGCCUACGAAGCCGCCCAUGGAGCGGCUGCGACUAAAACCGGAGCUGCCUUGAAGUCAACCGGUCAAGCCCUUGGCAAAGGAGCUUCCUGGACAUGGAAUACUCCCGUCGUUAAGGGUAUCCGAAAGGGUGUUAACGCGACCGGUUCUGGAAUCGAGAAGGCGACGCGGCCCGUGCGAGAGACUGAGGCUUACAAGAACGUCAAGGAUGCCAUCGACGAUGGCAGUAGCUCCCGUUAUGGUGGCUAUAUUGACAAGGAAGAGCGCCGCAGAUUAAGGAAGAAGCGUGAAGAGUUGGAAUUGAAGGCUGGUAAGCGGAUCGAACCCAUGGUUGAAGAUCCAAAUGCCGGUACCAACGUCACACUUCAUAAGGACUCUGCCUGGAAGGAGUCAUGGCGCGACUUCAAGGACUCCAACCCUAUGAUGCAGAAACUCUUCGCUUUCAAGGAAACCUAUAACGAGUCUGAGAACCCAUUGAUCAGCACUGCCCGCAGCAUUUCCGACCGCGUGGCUGGAUUCUUUGCUGAAAAUGAAACUGCUCAAGUCAUUAAGAAGUUCCGUGAAAUGGAUCCCAACUUCCAGAUGGAGGAAUUCUUACGGGAGAUGCGUGAAUAUAUCCUUCCUGAGGUUUUGGACGCGUACGUCAAGGGUGAUGUUGAGACCCUCAAGCUUUGGCUCUCCGACGCUCAAUUCAGCGUCUACGCCGCCCUCGCCAAACAGUACACAACUGCCGGUCUCAAGUCCGAUGGUCGUAUCCUCGAUGUCCGUGGUGUUGAAGUCAUGAACGCCCGUAUGUUGGACCCUGGCGAUAUUCCUGUGUUCGUGGUGACCUGCCGUUCACAGGAAGUACAUGUGUACAAGAACGUGAAGACCGGCGAGCUUGCCGCUGGUAUGGAGGAUAAGGUCCAGCUGGUCACUUACGCCAUUGGUCUCACGAGGAUACCGGAAGAUGUUAAUAACCCGGAGACCCGGGGUUGGAGAUUGAUCGAGUUGCAGAAGGCUGCUCGUGACUACAUCUAA